AUGAAAGGAAGGGCCUCCCGGGAGCGGGAGCAGAACGGAAAGCGAAACCUGCCAGGCCAGACUUUCGCUUUCGCAGCCUCCGCGCGCCACCCAGGUGGCCCCACGGUCGCCCGUCGCGCUGGGAGUCCCACCGCCGCGGGCCCCAGAGCUGCUCCCCGGAGCACAGCAUCCCUGAUGGCCGGCGACCCCUGGCGGAGGGAGGAAGGGAAGGUCCCCGGCGGCGGCCGACCCAGGGCGGGGGCUGCGGGACCCCUGCGGCUCCGCGACUGGCUGGUGGCGCAGAUCGAGAGCGGGCGCUACGCGGGGCUGCGCUGGGAGGACAGGGGCAAGACCCUCUUCCGCAUCCCCUGGAAGCACGCGGCCAAGCAGGGCUACCGCGCGCAGCAGGACGCGGCGCUCUUCAGGGCCUGGGCCAUAUACAAGGGCAAGCACCUAGAGGGCACUGACAAGGAGGACCCCUCCACUUGGAAGACACGGCUCCGCUGCGCUCUCAACAAGAGCGCCGACUUCCGUGAGGUGCGUGAGCGCAGCCAGCUGGACAUCUCCAACCCCUACAAGGUCUACCAGAUUGUGCCCGACGGUGUCCAUGGCCCAGUUACUGGGGCUUGUGCUUCCUCUGAAGAAGGCAUUCUCCAGAGCCCGCAGGAACCCCCUAGAGGAGAGACGGGGCCAGUUUACAGGACAGACCAGGCAGGCUCCCAAUUAGCCCCAGAGGAUAGAGACAAGGAGGAGCGCCCCAGGCUGGCCCAGCAGGGCUCUCUGCCACCAGCCGCCCUGCUCCCAGGCCCUUUGGCUGACCACAGGUACCAGGCACAGGGCCCCUCACACCUCUGGAGCCCUUUGCCCUCCGAGGGCUUCAGCAACCCUGGCCUGCUGCUGUGGGUGGCGCCCGAGGGAGUGUUCGCCAAGCGCCUGUGCCAGGGCCGCGUGUACUGGCGCGGCCCGCUGGCCCCGCACCGCGCGCGGCCCAACAAGCUGGAGCGCGAGCGCACCUGCCAGCUGCUCGACACGCGCCGCUUCCUCGCGGAACUGCGGGCCCACCUGCAGGAUGGUCACCCAGAGCCCGAGUACCAGAUCCGUCUGUGCUUUGGUGAGGAGUACCCAGGCCCCCCAGACCAGCCCCAGGAGCGGCUCAUCAUGGCCCACGUGGAGCCGGUCUUUGCCCGGGAGCUCCUCCGGCACUUGAAGCAACACAACCACAGUGCCCCAGUGGCCGGUUCCCAGUCCCCACAUCCGUGA